UCAGCUGCAAAGUCCGUCCAUCAGUCCUUUGUCUUUGCGUCCACUUCUUUCCUCGCGUCGCCUCGUCGUCUAAUUGGUUCUAAGUUCUACACGUCUUCGGUCACAUGUUUACAGAGAUGGUUUUGUCGUCACAUUACAAGAUGGAUGGAGUGGCAGCAGCGGCGGCGGUGGUGGUGGCGGCUGCAACACGAUACACUGGCACUGUUCUCACCAUAAUGGCAUUACUACAGGCACCGCGCCCCGCCCUGGCCAACGUGGACGCCUCAGAGGCCAAGAACUUCCGGCUGUUCCCGCACAUCACCUCCGAGAAUGGCAGCUUUGUGGCGGCGGAGGGGCUGGCGAUGAGGCGGAACCAGCUGACGGUGUGCGUGUGGGCGCGGGUCACCUACUUCAGGCGGCCCUCCAUUGCCCUCAGCCUCGGCAGUCGCGACGCAACUGUCGGCGACGUUAGUGUGGGCAUAGUGCCCCAAGGAGUGCUGCUGCGCCAAGGUCGCUCCGUGUGGUUGGCGGCGGCACUAGUGGUGCCGCUCACGUGGUACCACCUGUGCCUGGCCCUCACGUCGCAAGCUGUCUCGCUGUACCUGGAUGCGCGCCGCCUACUACAGGUGAACCCGGCCGUUGACUUCUUCAAGAGUGAUCUGCGCGCGGUGAUAGGCGGCGGCGUGAUGUGGCCCGACACCUCGCCUUCCACCUUCACUUUUGAAGGGCCGACGGACGACAGCUGGGAGGACCUGCAAGCCUCGGAGUCAUUCAACGCGGUGGUCGGCUCCUUCGCCGGGGACCUGCUGGCACCUGAGCUGUGGAACGCCGAGUUAAAGGAAGCGCAGGUGAAACAGUUGGCGGAUUGCAUCAUUCUGCAAGGCCCCCAGAGGCUGCGCCCCGUGUCCUGGCAAGCCGUGGGACAGAACGUCACCGAGUCAAUGCUAAACACCAGCGAACCUUGUGAACGGCGGCGCUUCGACUACCUCUUGUUCCCCGAGCCGAUGAACCACGAGGAAAACUACGAACUUUGCGUCAAGCUGGACAUGGACAUGAUCAGACCCCGCGAGGGUCGCGACUAUGACCGACUGUUCGCUGAGGCGAUGGGCUUCCCGGCGUGCAAAGGCGGCCGGCGUGUGCUGUGGCUCGCCAAAAGCAACAACACGUGCCCGUCCCUCACGCCCUCCGGCCAAGAGACAGCCCCGUGCGCCUCGCGGCUGUGUGGAGGCUGCCAGCUGCAACCGCGGCGGCGACGGUUGUUCAUCAUGCGUGGGGUGUGUCCGCUGCCUGCAGACUUCGCCUUUGUGGCGACCUCCAACAACUCGGCACAGCCUUACUUCCAGGGCGUGGGGAAGUACAGCAUUGGACUUUCCAGGGACACGUGGGAGGUGCGUGACGAGACGACGGGGCAAGUAGUGGCCACCACCACGGGCAGCGACCCGCUGGGGGCACGCCAGUGGCAAGUGAACCCCGGCGUGUGCGGGAGAGCAGAACAGCGGGCGGUGAACGCGUCUCUCAGUCCGUGUAACACGCGGGAGACUCUGUGUCGCUCCGGCCAGUGCAUUCCACUGGAAAAGCGCUGCGACGGCUACCCAGACUGUCCCGGCGGCUUCGACGAGGUGGGCUGCCAGCCGGUCCGUAGGCCCCCCGACUACCUGCUGAACUCGCCGCCGCCCGACCCGCCCACGCUGAUCGACCUCAACGUACAGAUGUCGCAGGUGCUGUCGACGGACCCGCUGACGCUGCUCAUCACCACUAAGCUCACCUGGCGGGACCCGCGCCUCACCUUCGCCAACCUGCUCAACAACAAGGAGAUGCCCGUGCCGUUCACCUCCCUCAUGUGGCGGCCGCAGCUCAUGGUGUUCAUCGAGGGCACCGCUUCGCCCGAGGACCUCCUCCGCAUAUCCCAGGAGACGGGGGCAGAGGCGGAGGAGACGCUGUCGCUAACGGCGCUCUGCAAUUCCUUCCCCGUGCCCGACACCCGCGCCACACCCUCCAUCGACACGCUGUUCCCAGGGGCCAAUACGUCCAUCUCCCUCACGCAGUACUUCCGCCAGCCGCUCAACUGCCAAUUCGACCUGAGCUUCUACCCUUUUGACGUCCACCUUUGCGAGCUCCCUCUUGUGCUGCUGCCCCACGAGAGCCGCCACGCCAAGCUCGUCACCGGAACCAACAGCGCCAAGUUCACGGGGCUCAAAGGACUGACAGACUUCGAGAUUGAGGAGUUUAAAUUGAAACUCCAAGACGCGCAGCUCGGGGGUCGCCAGCACAGCGGCGUGGUACUGCAAGUCCGCCUGGCGCGCCGCUCCGCCUUCACGGUGCUGGCGGUGUACCUUCCGUCUUUCAUCCUCCUCGUGGUCAGCACCGGAUCCCUCUGGGUGUCGCACACGUCCCCGGCGCGGCUGGUGCUGAGCUGCGGCGUGGUGGGGGCCUUCCUCAUGCUGUGGGUGCUCACUGCCCUCACCAGCCCAGCCUCGGGGAAGGUGAAGGCCGUGGACGCCUGGCUCUGCUUCUGCACCAUGCACACGCUCCUACACGUCAUGCUGCACGUGCUACUUGAGGUCUUCGCGUCGCAUGAUGGUGUCUCCGUGCCGCCGCUGUUCUCCCGCGUGGCGUCGAGGGCGGCGUCACGCACUCGGGAGGUGAAGCCCAUCGAGACGGUGAGCAUCUACGACAGUCUGAUGCUGCGCGUGCCCGAGGACAACAACACGUGGACCGUCAACUACUGGAUCUCCUUCAUCGCCAGGGUCGUGUCCCCCUCCCUCAUUUUCUUCUUCAACGUCUGCUAUUGGCCCUUCGUCUUCUACUUCAGUACGGACAUAACGGAAUAACGACGCCCCCCCCACACCUGCAAUACACUCCGCACUUUGUAAUAGCUUUAGUCUUUCGUGCGAGAAUUCACAAUAACAAACGGUGCAAGGUGGUAGUAGCGGCCCCGUCCAAGACUUCUGUACAAAGGUGUCUAUUUUUGUACCGUUUCCACCCACCGUUGCUCAGGUAAAUGUGUACUAGUGGACAUAUAGCGACAGAGAUGGGCAGCUUUUGAUAACCCUCUUCCCCUUUCGCCCACCCCAUCCCCCUUUCAGGAUUAUUUUCUUAGCGCCCCAUUCCACCGCCUCCUCCCACUCUUCUCACUGUUCCAUCACCCCAUCCCUCUUCAUUGUAAGUUUUUCAGAGCUCCGUUCCCGCCGUCCCUCCUCCUCCUCCCCUUCCUAAUCCUCCCUGCAAAACUAUUACUCCAUCGCUCUUCGUAAUAAGUUCCUCAGCGUUCCAUUCCCCUCGCCACUCCAACCCUUCUCCUCCCUGCAUCAACAUCACCACCCCAUCCCUCUUCAUGAUAAAUCUUUCAGUCUCCCAUUUCGUCCACUUCCUCAUUUUCCUCCUUCCUGAAACACCAGCACAUCUUUCCCCCCUCCCCUCCCCCCUCGUCAUUUACUCCCUCACUGCACGAACUCAAGUGAGCCUCGUCAACGCUCCUCAUUUGGCCCGUAUCCUCAGACCCUUCGCCUCUCACAUCAACUAUUGCCAAAGUACAAAAAGGUGAUUAAUAGGGUUUUCAAGAGUUUUUUUUUCACGUUCAUGAUACAGAAAAAGGGUCAGACUACCACCAGGGUCAUUGAACUACCCCUGGAAAUGCCCAAAACGCCUACGGAAGCCUUGUCAAAUAUGUGGACUUAGACGCGGCCCUUUGUCUCACUGUGUCUCCUUCUCUAGAUGCAAUACUUAUCUCUGUAGCCAUCUGUCCGUACCAUAACAUACUCGUAAAUCCGUCUACCUAUAUAUGUCUAUCUAUCUAUCCGUCAAUUCAUGUCCUUCGUGACUGUUCGCUGUCCAAUCACUUUUUCGUCGGAUCUGAAACUUUUUUUAUAUUUUGUGUUGGUUUUUUGUAUGCAAGGUUACGGGACCAGUUGUUAUAUUAAGGAAAGUAGUACAUAGCCUCGCCAUGGACACACACACAUACACACACACACACACACACACACACACGCACUUCUCAUAUAUUUAUUCAAAUCAAAGAGCGCGACUGCAACCUUGAAACCAACCAUAACAUCAACACUAAUAAUAAUAGUAAUAACAAUAAUGUAUGACGAUGUAUAGACAUGUAUAUAACGAGUCCUCGCAAUAAUACAAUAAGUUCACCCCCCACCAACCCUCUAUCCGUGUCCCUCUUCCUCCCUCCCUCCUCCUCUCUCCUCUUCGCCGCAAGUUAUUUGGAAAGAAAUCAAGGAAAAAAAGAAAACUUAGCACGCACAAAUCUAUUCAGGGAACAUGAGAGGAGGAGGAAGGAAGGGAGGAAUGGGGUAGACAGAAGAGGCGGAAAAGAGGAGGAGGAUAAGGGAAAGAGAAGGAAAAAGACAAGGGAGGAUGCAGGAAGGGAGAGGAAGGUAUUAAAAUGAGAAACACUAACGAAGCAAAAUGAGUCUUGCACACACACACACACACCCACACCCACCCACACACACUUAGGUUUAGAGCGAUGAAUGUUUUUUAUGUAAUUAGAUCUAGUCAUCGAAUGUGUGAACUCUUAACGACCACGAGAAAACCGCAAAACACAGACCUUACAACACCUCUGCCGAGACCUUUUGUAACUUGUCCUGUGAUGCAACAAACUCCCUGCCGAGACUAGUGAUGAUGGCGGUAAUCAGAGAAUAUCUAUUGCACCCUUCAAGACUGUGAGGAAAACUUAACAUGAAGCCUUAAUACAACACUCUCAGUAUCUUUGCAACUUGUCCUGUGAUGCAACAAACUCCCUGCCGAGUACAAUGACGAUGACGGUAAUCUGAAACACCGUUGCCAGAUUAUCGUACCCAGAGCAUAGUAUUUAUCGGUUUCUGACGCCUAAUUAUUGCCAAGAAACAUCAGGAAUUAACUAUUUUAACGAUAACUAUGAAUAAAUCUCGUUAUUGGGGCCCAGGAGACAGUUUUGGGGUCAGAAAUCGAUAAAAAUAAGAGGCUGAGUACGACAAUCUGGUAACAUUGAUCCGAAAAUAUCUAACGAAUCCUUUAAUACUCUGAGGGAACCUCAAGACGAGGACUUAACACAACGCCCUCUCUGGACCUUUGCAACGAACUUCCUGCCGAGUACAAUGACGAUGACGGUAAUCUGAGAAUAUCUAACGAAUCCUUUUAUACUCUGAGGGAACUUUUAACACAACGCCCUCUCUGGACCUUUGCAACUUGUCCAUUGAUGCAACGAACUUCCUGCCGAGUACAAUGACGAUGACGGUAAUCUGAAAAUAUCUAACGAAUCCAUUAAUACUCUGAGGGAACCUUAGGACAACGCCCUCUCUGGACCUUUGCAACUUGUUCUGUGAUGCAACAAACUUCCUGGAGAGACUAUUGAAGGGGUGGCAUAACCAGAACAACACAUAAUGAUUCUCAGUGAUGGGCGGCCGAGAGCGGAAGGUCACGUCUUGUUAAAAUAUUCAGAGGGACAUUUGUGCUUCUUCUUCCUCCUUGUAAAGUCGCCUCGAACUGUGUGUGUGUGUGUGUGUGUGUGUGUGUGUGUGUGUGUGUGUGUGUGUGUGUGUGUGUGUGUGUGUCACUUAGGGGGUUGAUGUUUUAGAUGUUUCUCGUUUUGUUUUGAGGCAGGACUUCAAACUUUUAUUAUUGGCUCGUUUUAAUGUGGUUUACUAAUUAAGGGAGACGCGGCAAGGAUGUGUUAGGUUAAGAAUAGCAAGACAAAACACACACACACACACACACACACACACACACACACACACACACACACACACACACCGCUACAUAAGGGGGCUGGUCCCUCUCGUUGCCCCCCACUUAAAGGGUUGAGAAGUGGCGACUGCAUGCAAUAAAGGUGGUGAUGUAAGUGGUGGUGAUGGUGGUGGCGGUGACGGCGACCAAGUCAUAUCAAACUAUACUCACUGAUCUCUCAUGACUUGUAAAUAUAAAUUGUAAUAAAGCUGUAA